GAAGCGCAAGCCCCGGAGAGGACACACCCUGUGGUCUGUCUGUCCGGAGGACACCCAGGUCUCCUCCAUCCUCACAGCCUGGACUGCAGGGAGGAGAUGCCAUGGCCCCCACACUCCCUGCCUUGCUCUGCCUCGGGCUGAGUGUGGGCCUGAGGACCCAUGUGCAGGCUGGGACCCUCCCCAAACCCACCAUCUGGGCUGAGCCGGGCUCUGUGGUCCCCAGGGAUAGCUCCGUGACCAUCUGGUGUCAGGGGUCCCCGAGGGCCCAGGAGUUCCGUCUGGAUAAAGAGGGAAUCCCAGAUUUCUGGGACAGACAGAAACCCCUGGAGCCCGGGGACAAGGCCAAGUUCUCCAUCCACUACAUGGGACAGGUCUACGCAGGGAGCUAUUGGUGCUACUACAGAACCCCCACUGGCUGGUCAGAGCCCAGUGACCCCCUGGAGCUGGUGGUGACAGGAUCCUACAGCAAACCCAGCCUCUCAGCCCUGCCGAGCCCUGUGGUGACCUCGGGAGGGAACGUGACCCUCCAGUGUGCCUCCCGUCAGGGAUUUAACAGAUUCCUUCUGACCAAGGAAGGAGAAGACGAGUCCUCUCGGACCCUGGAUGGACAGCAAACCCCCGACAGGCAGACCCAGGCCCUGUUCCCCGUGGGCCCCGUGACUCCCGGGCACAGGUGGACGUUCAGAUGCUACAGCUUUUACAGGCACACCCCCAGGGUGUGGUCGGCCCCCAGCGACCCCCUGGAGCUCCUGGUCUCAGGGCUGUCUGGGAAGCCCUCCCUCCUGACCACGCAGGGCCCUGUCGUCACCUCUGGACAGAACCUGACCCUCCAGUGUCGCUCUGACAUCAGCUAUGCCAGAUUCGCUCUGUCCAAGGAGGGUGGACAGGACCUCCCCCAGCGCCCUGCCCGGAGGCCCCAGGAGGGGCUCUCUCAGGCCGACUUCCCCCUGGGCCCCGUGGGCACCAUCCACGGGGGCCGGUACAGAUGCUACGGUGGACACGGCCUCUCCUCCGAGUGGUCGGGGCCCAGUGAGCCCCUGGAGCUUCUGGUGGCAGGAGAGGAGCCAGCGGGACGGCUCAGAGACAGACCCUCCCUCUCGGUGCGGCCAGGCCCCUCUGUGGCCCCGGGGGAGACUGUGACCCUGCUGUGUCAGUCAGGAAACAGGACGGACACUUUCCUUCUGUCCAAGGAGGGGGCAGCCCAUCGCCCCCUGCGUCUGCGCUCCCAGGACCAAGACGGGCGGUACCAUGCCGAGUUCUCCUUGAGCCCUGUGACCUCAGCCCACGGGGGCACCUACAGGUGCUACCGCUCACUCAGCACAGACCCCUACCUGCUGUCACAGCCCAGUGAGCCCCUGGCGCUCGUGGUCUCAGGACUCUAUGGCAAACCCAGCCUCUCAGCCCUGCCGAGUCCUGUGGUGACCUCGGGAGGGAGCGUGACCCUCCAGUGUGCCUCCCGUCAGGGAUUUAACAUAUUCCUUCUGACCAAAGAAGGAGAAGACAAGUCCUCUUGGACCCUGGCUGGACAGCGAAGCCCAGAUGGGUGGACCCAGGUCCUGUUCCUUGUGGGCCCUGUGACCCCCGGACACGGGUGGAGGUUCAGAUGCUACGGCUUUAACAGGAUCACCCCCUGGGUGUGGUCGGCCCCCAGUGACCCCCUGGAGCUCCUGGUGGCAGGGACCCUCCGCAAACCCACCAUCUGGGCUGAGCCGGGCUCUGUGGUUCCCUUGGGGACCCCCGUGACCAUCUGGUGUCAGGGGACCCUGGAGGCCCAGGAGUUCCAUCUGGAUAAAGAGGGAACCUCAGUCCCCUGGGACAGACAGAAACCCCCGGGGCACGGGGACAAGGCCCAGCUGGCCAUCCCACAGAUGACGGAGCAGCACGCAGGGAGCUCUCAGUGCUACUUCAGAACCCCCACUGGCUGGUCAGAGCCCAGUGACCGCCUGGAGCUGGUGGUGACAGGAUCCUACAGCAAACCCAGCCUCUCAGCCCUGCCGAGCCCUGUGGUGACCUCGGGAGGCAGCGUGACCCUCCAGUGUGGCUCCCGUCAGGGAUUUAACAGAUUCCUUCUGACCAAGGAAGGAGAAGACGAGUCCCCUCGGACCCUGGAUGGACAGCGAACCCCCGACGGGCAGACCCAGGCCCUGUUCCCUGUGGGCCCCGUGACCCCCGGGCACAGGUGGACGUUCAGAUGCUACGGCUUUUACAGGGACACCCCCAGGGUGUGGUCGGCCCCCAGCAACCCCCUGGAGCUCCUGGUCCCAGGGCUGUCUGGGAAGCCCUCCCUCCUGACCCCGCAGGGCCCUGUCGUCACCUCUGGACAGAACCUGACCCUCCAGUGCCGCUCUGAUGUCAGCUACGCCAGAUUCGCUCUGUCCAAGGAGGAGGGACAGGACCUCCCCCAGCGCCCUGCCCAGAUGCCCCAGGAAGGGCUCUCUCAGGCCGACUUCCCCCUGGGCCCAGUUGGCACCGUCCAAGGGGGCCGAUACAGAUGCUACGGUGGACACGGCCUCUCCUCCGAGUGGUCGGCGCCCAGUGAGCCCUUGGAGCUGCUGGUGGCAGGAGAGGAGCCAGCGGGACGGCUCAGAGACAGGCCCUCCCUCUCGGUGCGGCCAGGCCCCUCGGUGGCCCCGGGGGAGAAUGUGACCCUGCUGUGUCAGUCAGGAGACAGGACGGACACCUUCCUUCUGUCCAAGGAGGGGGGAGCCAAUCGCCUCCUGCGUCUGCGCUCCCAGGACCAAGACGGGCGGUACCAGGCCGAGUUCUCCUUGAGCCCUGUGACCUCAGCCCACGGGGGCACCUACAGGUGCUACCGCUCACUCAGCACAGACCCCUACCUGCUGUCACAGCCCAGUGAGCCCCUGGCGCUCGUGGUCUCAGGCGUCUCUGGUGCCCCAGGCUUCACGUGGUACCUGAGUGUCCUCAUCGGGGUCUCGGUGACCUUCGUCCUGCUGCUCCUCAUCCUCCUCUUCCUCUUCCUCCGCCACCGGGGUCAGGACAGAUGCAAGAAGUCGUGGGCCGCAGAUCCAGGGCCCGAGGACAGGGGCCAGCAGAGCAGCUCCAGCCCAGCCACAGACGCCCAGGACCAGGCCAUCUGUGAGCAGGAGAGAUGGCAGCCCGCGGGGGGGCACAGAGACUUCUGGAGGCAGUGCAGGGGGGACACUCAGAAGGAUGCUGCCGUGAGCGACGCACACUCUGAGGUGGGGCUGCAGUUGGACCAUCGGGCUGCCACAUCUGAAGCCCCCCAGGACGUGACCUACGCCCAGCUGAACCACUCGACCGUCAGAAAGGGGACGGCUGCACCCCCGGCCCCCCCGUCAGGGGAGCCCCCAGCAGAGCCCAGUGAGUAUGCUGCUCUCGCUGUUCGCUAGCCCAGGAAGGACCCGACCCCAGGCUCCCGGGACCAGAUCUCAGACCCCAGGAGGCACGUGAGCUGCCAGCAGUGGACACCACCUAACCAACAGCAGCAGUACCUGGGCUCCUAACAGACCACCAGGAGCCCCUGGGACUCUUUCGGGUCAACUGGUUCUACCCUCAGAAACAGCAUCCUGGACCCCCGGUGGCCCAGCGGUUAAGAGUCUGCCAGCCAAUGCAGGGGACAUGGGUCUGAUCCAUUUGCUGCUGGACAGCUGAGCCUAGGGGCGCUGCAGCUGCCGAAGCCCUGGUGCCCAGAGCCAGUGUUCCUCGAGAGGAGCCAGUGCGUGAGCAGGCCGUGCACAGCCAGGCACCACCCUCCACUCGCUGCAACCAGAGAGAGCCCACGCGCAGCAGGGAAGACCCAGCACGGCCACAAAUAAACAGAUUACUAAAAAACUGAAA